AUGUGUCAUUCCAUUAUCUAUUACUAUGCCCUAUGCCGGCACCUAGACCAGGGUGCUACCCACCAAAUCGCGUGCCACAGUGCCUUCAUAACAGGUUACGAGUGCACCGAAGAGCCGCAAAGCACAUCCUUUUUCUCCCUUAUAGGAAACUGUCUGCAAUGCAAACUUAAUCAUUUAAUGCUACGCCAGUCUGUCUAUCGCGAAUGGCGGAGAGAGGAUCUUCUGGAAGCACUAAACGAUGCAUUCCAGUAUAGCGACGACGAUGACUGGACUACAGAUGACAGCGACGCCGAGGAACUUGAUAUGGAAACGUUGUUCUCCCAGUCUCCCACCUUGACUCGUAGAAAUACCAGAGAUCGAGAUGAGAACCGGGAGACCCGUGCGUCCUUCCACAGUAGUCCAGCACGCAUGCCAACCACAGUGCAACAGUCCUCGCCUCAUUUAUCUUCUGUCGCUUUGGUUGAACAUGCUGACGAUUACGCAGAUGAUGAAGAGGAGUACGUCUACGAGAAUUCUUUGCGGGAACCUCAGCCUCGGGUACGCCGGAGCUGGCGCUCUUGGAUUCCUCUUCCUAGUAGGCUGGUGCGCAACCAGCAGACUCCUUAG